AUGUCAAAGAACAGGCAACUCACUGCUGACUUCAUAUCUGACCAGUUCUUGACAUUAUUUAAAGCAAACCCAAAUUGGAGUGCAAAAGAUAUCCAAGAUGCAGUGAAAGAGAAGUACAAGGUUAUCAUUACAAAAUGGUUGGCCUAUAAGGCUAAAUGCAAAGCUUCUGGGAAACUGCAUGGGUCAAUGAAAGAACAUUACAGUAAACUGGGAUCAUAUUUGGAAGCCCUUAAGGAAGCAAAUCCUGAGUCAACUUUUGAACUUGUAACUGUCCCACCAGAAUACUAUGAUAUGCAAAGUGAUGCAGAAGUCUUCUUUAGGCUCUUUAUUUGUUUUGAUGCUUUGAAGAAAGGAGGUAUGCUACUGGUUGCAGUGGGUAGGGAUGCAAAUAAUCAAAUGUAUCCAGUUGCAUGGGCUGUGGUAGAGGGUGAGAACAAUGACAGUUGGACAUGGUUCAUGACUGAAUUGAAGAAGUGUUUAGAAGUACUUGAAGAAGGGAAGGGAUGGACACUUGUUUCUGACCAACAAAAGGGUUUACUAAAUGCUGUUGCUUUGGUUUGGGCCAAUGCUGAGCAUAGGAACUGUGCUAGGCACAUCUAUGCAAAUUGGCAUAAGAAAUUCAAGGGUGAUGACUUAAAGGAAUUGUUUUGGAGAGCUGCUAGAUCCUACAACAUACCUGAUUACAAGAUGGCAAUUGCUGAUAUGAAGGAACUGGAUGAAGAAGCAACACAAGCAUUCAUGAGUCAAAACCCUAAAUGUUUUUGCAGAUGUUAUGUUAGUACUGAAGUCAAGUCAGAUAUUAUUGUGAACAACAUGGCAGAGACCUUCAAUGGUUAUAUUCUACAGACUAGAUCAAAGCACAUCAUCAAUAUGUUAGAGGAUAUAAGGGUUGCAAUCAUGAGCAGGUUAGUUACAAAGCACAAUGAAAUGUCUACAAAAAGUGUCGUUGUUUGCCCUAGGAUACAGAAGAAACUUGACAAAGAGAAGGAUUGGGCUUACAAAUGCACUGUAUACCCUUCAAGCAAUACACUAUUUCAAGUCAAGUACAUUGAUGAUGUUUCUGUUGAUAUCAAGCACAAAAGAUGUAGCUGCAGAAAAUGGGACUUAACUGGUAUACCAUGUCAACAUGUAUGUGCAGUUGCAGGUUUUCUUCAUAGAAAUGCUGAGGAGUUUGUUCAUCCUUCCUACACCAAGGACAUCUAUCUCAAGUCCUAUGAGUUUACAAUCCCACCAGUACCUUCAGAUAAGUACUGGCCAUCUAUUGAAUCACCCCUAGAACCUCCACCAGUCAAAGUUGGUCCUGGUAGACCAAAGAAAAACAGGAAGAAAGAUCCUCAUGAAGUCCCCAAAAAAGGUAAACUUAGUAGGCAUGGUAUGUUUAUGAGAUGUGGCAACUGCAAAGCAAAGGGACAUACUAGGAAAGCUUGUACUGAAGCCUCAGCAGAAUCAAGUAAGCAAACAAAGAAAAGGGGGAGGCCCAAAAAGAAUCAACUUGCUUCAUCGUCGGUCACAACAGUUGAAACUGGCAGUCAACAACAGUCUCAGCAUUCACUUGCAACUAAAAAAUCCAGGGGAAGACCAAGGAAGGCUGCAAAAACAACCCCAGAAGCUUAA